UAGACCCGCAAAUUCGCGUUGAUCGAAAAUGGCAGAGAAGGAACUUGAAUUCACUUUUCCAACGUUGUCUUCGAAUGUUACAGAGGGUGAAAAGAGCCUUUCUUUGAAGGAAAAGGUUAAUCUGAUCGACAAUGAAAUUCGCCAGCUGUAUGAAUUUUGUACCAAAGCUGGCUACACACAGCCUCAAAUAGAGCAAUGUGCACAACCUCUUCUUUCCCUCCAAAGCAGAGAAAGGCACAUCAAAUGGCUAAGGCGGUUGUUCUCGUUUGCUAUACUGGUUGCCGUGAUUGCCUUUUUGUUUGCUUAUGAUCCUGCUUACCGUCAAAUCUGUAUUUAUGGCAAGUUUAUAGCCAUGAAGGGCCUCCCAUACUGGGACUGGACAGUUAUGUACGAUCGUGAGUGUGUCAUUGAUAAUCCCUACUAUGUUAAUGAUGAGAUGACCGAAGAAGAUUGCAAUGUCUGCAGAAAACUCAGAAAUAUCAAGAGAGUUUCUAAUGUUAGUCAAAGCACCAUAGCUGAUGAUUAUCUGUUCUCCAAUGUUGCUGUGAUUGUCACUGAUGCUAUGGAGGAAUGGGAUGCCCUGGAAAAGUUUGAUGUUGAUUUCUUGGCUGAGAUGUAUGAGAAGAAUGAAGUACUGAGACAUUCCGGCAAGGAAUGUCAGUUUGAGAGCACCACACCAGAGUUUAGCAGUCCACAGCUUUUACUGGCAGCUGCCAAGAGUGGGGAACAACCAAACUUUCAGGCUUUCUGGGACAACUGUGAGAAGGAGUCAGCCAAAGUGUUCCGCCAAUAUUAUAGACGUCCUUACUUUCUGCCACCAAUGGCCGAGGCAGUUGAAGGAAACUGGUUCAUAGUCUCUUCAGGAGAAAACAAGACAUUGAAUGUUAACUGGGAUUCCUCAGCCACUUGGAUAGCUCAGGUCAAAAGGUCUGGUAGAUUCCUCUUGAAACCUAAUGAAAUUUGCAGGAACAUCUGCCACAAAAUUUCAGUAAAGUUGGAUCAAGGAGAAAUUUUGACAGUGCCCAACAACAUGUGGAGUGUCUCCUACAAACCAGUUGGAAGCGAUGAAGUUGUUACCUUUGGCUCUGGUGUAAACUGGGAUUGAAGUUUAACAUGUGAUGAUUUCUGACAAGUAUUUUUCUGUUAAAUAAAGCCAUACAGCUCUGAA